AUGACAUUGGGAGUUUCACAGACCGCAGAGGCCAAGGACGAGCAGACUUUGAAGAAAUCGCCGUCGAUCACCAACAUUUCGAAGUUCACGCAGCCAAAACCUCUCCCGAUCAGCUUCAAUAUGAAGAUCAGCGAGGAGCUGGCGGAGAUCAAGACGGCACUGGGAGAUCUCAAGUUCCGGUCCAAGAACAACAACCAGAGUCUGGUGAAGUUGAACGAGAACUUGGCCAGGUUUAACGAGACCACCGGCGGCGAGGAAAGAGAAGAGCUGAAAAGCAUGGUGGAGGACCUGAAGCAGACGAUCCAGGGGUUGGCAUUGGAGAGUAAACAGAAGGAGCCGGAGCAACAAAUAGAGAAACAGAGAGACGCUCCAGAUACGCAGGCGUUGCAAUUAGAGGUGGAAGCUUUGCGGACUGAAAAGACAGACCUACUAGUGCAAAACAGAGCAGCAGCCGAAAAGCUGCUCCAAACCGAAAAGGAAACCCAACAGUUGCAAACCAAAUGCUCAGUUUACGCCACACAUCUGAAAACCCUGGAGUCGCAGCUGGGCCAGCUCGAAUUGCGCAAACAGCACCUGAUCAGCAGUCUGGAGCAGAAUAGAAAUAGCAAGCGUGCUCCAAGCGGGACAAAAUUACUGGAGUUACUAACCGCGUCAUCCGACGAGGGCGAUCUGACCUCUCGAAGCGGGACAGCAGCAGGGGUCCGCAGCGACAACAAGGAGAAUCAGCGCACUUUUAGUGCAUACUACUAG